UAAAUAUAAUGUUAGACUAAACUUUAGUAACUUUUAGUAACAUCUGAUCGAAUUACAUUUCAUCGUUUAAGAUCUAAAAUGUGAUCAGGCGGAACGGAAUACAUAUUUUGAAUACCUAAUAUCGAUUUUCGAAAAUUAAUUCUACUUUUUCUGAUUUUCCUGUAUGUACAUGAUCACAUUUUCGUUAUCAUCCUUUGUUCAAUUUCAUCUCUGAUUCUGAUUGCGAUAAUAAACGUGAGAAGAAUAUCUGAAGUAUUGUAAUAAUCUUAUACGUAUAAUGCGCAACACGCAUUUCCGCAAAUAAUUUGUUCUCUUUGCAUUUCGUUUAAAUUGCAUUUAUACAUAUAGAUAUGAUAAACAUGAAACGGCGGAUGUCCUAAAAACGAUAAUUUGCGUAAGUACCACUGAUUGAAUAGAUACACAAAGUUCCGUUGGCCACGAUAAAAAUUAUACUUCCAAUUAAAUUCAUGCAAGUGAUAACUGCAUAACUGAUAAAUCAUGCAUUAUUUCCGAUUUUUUUAAAAAAGGAACAUUGUUCUUAGAAAUCUAUUAUUUAGAUGUUGCACAGUUGUUUACUUUUUGAGCUAAGAAAAGUUUAUGCGAGCAAAAAAACCUUGUAAAAAUUAAUAUUUUUCGUGUUUUUAAAAUACAGCAUUGAUUAUCGCUAGUGUCGUUUCAUUAAUAUAAAAUCAAAAGAACAAAGGAUACAUCUAUGACCUUCGGUCUAUCAAUUCAAUGUGGUAGCGCGUUGCAAGAUCCUUCCGCUAAUAGUAAUGUAUGAAACAGUCAACUAAGCAACAACUAAUUUCACAUUGUGGCGAAAAAACAUUCAAAUACAUUUUUCCCGUAUAGCACAACUAAAAUUUAUAUUAGUCUCGGAUCAUCUUGUGACAAUGAGGCGGUUCAUUCUUCUCGCCUUCAUUAGCGUGCUUUUAAUAAAGAAUGUCACACCAAAAAAUCAGAGAUAUCCGUCACAUCUAGAAUGGUUGUUUGGUUUAAACAAGAACCUAAAUGAAAAUAAGGAAGAAAACAAGGAAGAAAAUAAGCCGACUGUAUGCCAAUCUCAGGAGUGCAAAAAAAUUGCUCAGAUAGUAUCGGAGAGCAUGGACAAAUCUGUGGAUCCGUGCGACGAUUUCUACGAGUACGCGUGUGGAAAAUGGCCGGAGCAUAAUCCUAUUCCAAAAGGAAUGAAUUCUUGGAGUACGCUCGCAAGUGCACAAAGGAAUGUCACGAAACAAAUUAAAAAAAUUUUCGACGAAGGUCCAAAGGACGACGACAUUUUGGCGGUAAAGCUCGCGAAAAAGUGGUACGCGGUCUGCAUGGAUACAAAUGCAAUGGACAAACAAGGACUUGAGCCACUUGUCUUUACUCUAGCGCGAAUAGGAGGCUGGCCGAUGAUAAUGGAGCCAGAUGAAUGGAACGAGCAGGAAUACAGCUGGCAAAAAGUAGAUGAUCAAUAUGUGCGCUUGAUAGGAAGAAAUGCUUUCCACGACGUGUGGGUGAAGGAAUAUGGUUCGAACGAAUCUCGGAAAGUAGUAUAUAUCUCAACACCCCAUUUACCUCCGGGUUCAAAUAACCUGCGGGAUAAACUCUAUACUGGCGAAGAAGAUGAAAGUGACGAGGAUACCAGUGACGAGGAGAAGCAAAGCGACGAGCAAAAUGAUAGUCAAGAAACUGGGAGCGAAGACACAGAUGAUAACAAAAGCGAGAAUAAUAGCAAUAAUGACGAUGAAAAUGACAACAACGAUGAUAAAGAUGAUAAUAACGAUUACAAUGAUGAUGAUGAUAAAAACACGAAGAAAAUCAGUGUAAAAAAAACCGGUAAAUUAGCAAAAAAUAAACAAUUAGGGUAUAGUAGAAAAAUUAAGAAUAGUGCCUUUUCCAAGAAGUAUAAGAACCAUAAGACGAAAAAAGAAAGGGUAAAAAGACAGGCAAUACCGACAAAUGUCCGCGAGAAAUUACGUGCGCGAACGAACGAUAGGAAUCAUAUGAAGCAAGCACGUAAGAAAAAAUCAGAGAAGAUUUUGGAGGUGACAACAUCGCGGUGCACCGAAGAACCGACUGUCGAAAUUGAUGAAAUAAAAAAAUACACUGAUUAUAUCUCCAAAGUAGUUCGCGCUAUAGCUAAAGCAAGAGGCGCCAAAGUUUCGGCGGAACACAUGAAUAAAGAUAUCAAAGACAUGAUCAAAUUUCAAUUAAAACUAAUUAAGAUUUCUACGAAAAAGAGCAAAGAAGAAAAAGAGGAAAAAAAGGAAAUAACGCUCAAUGACAUGCAGGAGUGGUACGAUGAAAAGAAUCCUGAAACUUUCAACAGCGCAAUUGACUGGAUGUACAAAAUUGGAGAGUUAUUUGACGAGGCCCACGUGUCCGUGGACAGCGAUUUAAAUGUGGAAAUUGGUUCACCAGAAUAUCUCGAGGGUCUUAUCUCUUUGCUGGACGAAACGCCGAGUCGAACGAUCGUAAACUAUAUACAUUGGAACUUUUUGAGCAGAAUAAUAACAACUACUACAAGUGAAAUGAGAAAAUUGUACAAUGCAUGGGAAAAACAAAAGAAUGAUGAUGAUGAAUUCUCUUUAAAUAGAGCGAGGAAAUGCACACGGCAAGUAGAGAUGAACAAUAUGCUAGCGUACGAGUAUGUGAGAAAUCAUUUCUCUGAUGAUAUCACGACAACCGCAUCCGACAUGAUGGACGAUAUACAAAAGGAAGUCGAAUAUCAGAUUAAAGAGUCAGAUUGGAUGGAUGAGGAUACUAAUGAUUUUGUUUUAGCAAAAUUAGUGAAUAUGAAUAAAUUUAUCGGAUAUCCAGACUGGUAUAGAAAUGACACUAUCGUUAAACGAUAUUUUCAAGGACUAAUUAUUGGCAAUUCGUUUUACGAAAAUACAAUGAGCUAUGAGAGAUACAACAAAUGGAAAAGACUACGAAAGUUAUUAAAAGAAGAUAAAGAAGAUAACAUGAUGAUGAUGAGUCCUCUAAUGGUAAAUGCUUUUUUCUCAGCAAAAUUUAAUUUAGCAGCCUUCUCGGCAGCGGAUUUCCAGAGUCCAAUGUUCGCUUAUGAUCGUCCGCGAGCUAUUAAUUAUGGUAUUAUUGGGACAAUCAUGGGUCACGAAGUUAAUCACGGAUUCGAUAGCAGAGGCCAUUUGUACGAUAAGAACGGAGAAUUUGUCGAAUGGUUAUCCGCAAUGUCCGAUGUAUAUGGCAAAAGGGCAGAAUGUUUUGUAGAACAGUUUAAUAAUUACCCCGUUGACAAGGAAUCGAAUUAUAAAGUAAAGAACUAUGGCAAUCAAACGGCGAGAGAGAACAUCGCGGAUACAAUGGGAAUAGAGGCAGCGUUUAGAGCGUAUCAAAGGAGAGAAAGGGAAUGCGGAAAAUCAGAUACCGUAUUGCCAGGCCUGGAGGAUCUAACUAGCGACCAACUUUUCUUCCUAUCCUUUGCCAACUUAUGCUGCGAAAUCGAUAAAGACAUCAUAAAAAGCGCCAAGUCUGACGUACAUAGCACCGGACGGUUGAGAGUGAUAGGAAGCGUUUCAAAUUCACAAGACUUCGCCAAAGCUUAUAAUUGCCCGGUUGGCAGUGCGAUGAAUCCCGAAAGAAAAUGUCACAUCUGGAAGUGAUUGCUUUUACGCAUACUGCAAAUUCUACGUAUAUCAGUGAAUAAAAUAUACCAAUAAAUAAAAAAGCAUAUUAAGUAACGAAAUUGUUUCAUAUUUUCACAAUAUUUGUAUACUCUUUAUAUCUCGUCUUAAGUAAAAAAAGAUCAUAUUAUGUAUUCAGGUGCAUCAGUGAAUGACGCACAUAUCGUAUUAAAAAAAAAACUUGUUAUUUUCAC